CGAUACCUACACGCUAACGCUGAGCACUAACGGAAACAAGCAAAUCAAACGUCAACGCGCCAAAAAUGAUCGUCGUUACCGAGUGCCAAGUCCAAUAUUUGUUACAAUCGUAAUAUAGGCUUAUACAAUCGUUAUAAAAGGUCUUUGAUUUUGCUUGUAUCUUGACAACCACAAUGGUCAGGAGGAGGAGAAGAAAUAAUUUAACUCUAGUUUCAUUAACAAUUCCGCAAGGUCACUGUGUUUUCUGUCAGACGGCACAUGAUGAUGAUGAGUUACUGCACGGAAAGCUCGUUGUUAAAGAGGGCAUUUGUGUUCAUUAUUUCUGCUUGCUUUUUGCAAGUGCUUUGACCCAAAACUCAGAAGAUGAAACGAUUGGGAUCUAUGGAUUUUUAGUGAAAGAUAUAAUUCGUGAAGUGCACAGAGGAUUGAAACAAAAAUGUGUUUACUGCAAGAAGAUUGGAGGAACUAUUGGAUGUUCUUUAAAGUCAUGCAGAAAGGUUUAUCAUUACUGCUGUGGCAUGAAGAAUGGAUCACUCUUUCAAUAUUUUGGAACUUUUUGCUCAUACUGCAUAGAGCACAGACCCCACCAAACCAGUGCUGUUAGCAGGCUGGCAUUUCAAGGCUUAACACAUAAUACAUGUGCAAUCUGCUUGUCUUCUGUGGAGACGCACGUCUCCAUUGAAACCAUCCGGACUCCGUGUUGCCGAAACAAUUGGUUGCAUAGAGGCUGUGUACAGAGGCAAGCUUUGAAUGCAGGCUAUUUUUUCAAGUGCCCACUGUGCUGUAACAAGGAGUACUUCCAGAAGGAAAUGCUGAAAUGUGGAGUUUACAUUCCCGAGAGGGACGCAUCAUGGGAGAGGGAGCAAGAUGCAUUUACUGACCUUCUGUAUCGUCACAAUUGUUGCGACAUGAAACCAUGUUUCUGUAAACAUGGGCGGGACUACAAUUGUCGUGAUGGAGGCAAGUGGGAGAUCAUGCUUUGCGAUGAUUGUGGAGCACAAGGCACACACCUGCGCUGUUCGUACUUAAAAAAUCCUAUGCAGGACUGGUCCUGCCCUCCCUGUGUAUCUAUGCGGAAGGAGAUUGAAGGUAGGAAAGAUGACGAAGCCAGAAGAAAAGCAAAUUUGAGACCAUGCAAGGUCUUGCUUGUAGAUGUGCUUCCUUUCAUUGAACUUGCAAGGCACAACCAAUACAGUAUCACUACCCCUCCAGGCUCACCAACAAUGAAAAGUGGUGGCAGCACCAUCUCCACUCAUGAUCUGCCAUUCCAACAACAACAGCUUGCCUUGAAUGACGAUGGUUGCCAGCUUUCAAGUGUCUAUCGCAGCAUCGCAUCCAAGACAGAAACUUCAUUGACGACUGGGCACAGGAGGCGCUGUCGUAGCAGGUUUUUCCUUGAGUUGAAUAAGCUCUGUAUUCAGGCUGAUGGGGAAGCACGGAUUCAAGCUGCAGACAGAGGUCUGAUGCCUUCUUGCCGUGGUCUAAGUAGCGACAACAAGUGUGUGCCGGUAUCUGGUACAGAAGGAAGUGAGCACGCACAUUCAAUGACAAUACAACAAAGUUGCUCUGAGAAGGUACCAGAGAAGGAUGUCUUGCUGAUGUUGCUUGCUGAGGAGUUGGCACAACCACCACCGGAAAGUCAGCAAAUAAAACCCACUAGAGCACCAAUAACAGCAACUAGUUCUUUACUCAAAUUGACGUCCAACCGAUGCCAGAAGCAACAGCCUUGUACUGUACAUCCAGGCAAUACGCAGUCACAUUCGUGUCAGGUCAGUUUGCUGACUUUAGAUGUGUCACCUGUCAAAUGGGGAGCAGGGAAUACCUAUAAUCAAGUAUGCCGCAUGCCAUAUGAAAGUGGCUCUAGCUUUUCACAGCAGAAACACACUGGUGAUGUUGCAUCCACACCGAGUUCGUGCUGGCCAGCCGGGCAAACUACAAGUGGCAGCCUCUGCAACUCCAGCCCGAUCAUAAAACAUAGGCUGAAAGUCUCAAAGCUCAAUACUUUCUCGCAAGCAUGCAAGGAAAAUGUUUGCGGCAGUCAAGAGAGCAGUAGCUCUGCGAUGUCAGCUGAGAGCUAUAUCCGCAUGACUCAUGGGGAAGUACAGGAUUUCAAGAGCUGGACAAGCAGUCAAUCACCUUUGUUACAUUCUAGUAGUGCUCUUGUCAGGUCACCCCCUCUGAAUCGGGGCAAUUGUUCUUCAGUGAUAUCAAGUCCAGAUCUGUUUGGUGACGUGGAUGGCCCAAAAGAUAUAGUAGAGUUUGCAUUCCUUGAGGAUACAUCCAUGGCCAGAGGUAUAAGUGAAACAGCCGUGUCAGUGUUUACCCCAGUAAAACACAGUGCAGUUUCUGUUGAGCAGAACAUACGACCAGUGUCUUCACACUUCACAGAACCGAAAAUAUGCAAAAAGCGUAAAUCUGGCAUGUUCAGCAGGUAUCUGAAAAAAAGGCGCCUCAGCAUGAAGGCUACUUCAAACGAUACAUACUUGUCCACCCUCAGUGUAUCUGAAGCUUCUAGCACUGAUCGUUAUGAGUUAGCCUGCAGCACUCCUUCAGAACGAGCAAGAGGUUGUAAAGUUGAACGCUGUGCGCGAAGAUCUAGCGUUGGGGUUACAGAUGGUAACACACCGUCACGCCAUUUAAAGUUUGUUUUGAGUAGCUCUGAUGAUGAUGAAAUGUCUGAUUCGGAUGCUAGCUUAAUUCUUAGUGAGACUGGCCACAGCAUGAAUGGAAAAGCUCAGUUGUAUACACCACCAGCUCAUCCUGUGACUAGAUCAAGAUUAAGGGUGACCGAUACUGAUACUGUCGUAGACAACUGUGAUGCUAAUGUUCUGGAUGUGAAGCCAAGCACAUCUCGAAACCAGGCUGCUUCUUCUGGUCAGUUGAAAGUUGUUGAUUCAGAUUGUGAUGUGAGAGAAAUGCAGGAGACGGAUCGGUCGCCUUCUAAGCGAAAGAAUCGUGAAACAAAUUCUCUUAAAAGUUCAUAUCUGUUACGACAACAUGUCGCUAGCAGCUCUGCCAGUUGUCCACAACAAGUGGAGAUGCCGAAGAAAUACGAAAAUUCGUGUUUACAAGAUACGUGUAUGCAAGGUAGCUAUUUAUGCUCUGACCGAGUUCGUAACACCAAAGGGCAGGACACGUCGCAGAUGGAAUCAAAGGUAACACCUAAGAAUCUCAAAAGUAAUAAGGGCAGAUAUUUUAAGAUGUCAACCGUGAAUGAGGAGAAGGCAGGAAUGAGCAUGAGACCACAAAGGAAACAACGCAUGCAGGAAAAUGUGCUUCCACAGAAUACAGAGCUACGUCAUUCUAAUACCAAGAAACAAGAGGUGGAGGAGCACUUGAAGAAUGUGUCGUCUAGUGCAGUACAAUGGUUUCGUGUAGACAGUUGUAGUAAAGAAGCCAUACGGAGAAGAGUCAGCAAUCUUGGCAGGAAAAGAAAGCAGACGAAAGUCAACGCAAUCGAGAAUAUAGACGAAAAGCAAAAGCCCAUAACUGCUUUUUUUGAACCGAGAAACUUGAGUGGCAGUUCGUCUGUCAACUAGCUUUAUUGGGAAAGAGAUCACAAGGAUGGUCUUACAAGCAGAGAUUGUAGUAAUGCGUGCAGGCAUCUAUACAAUUGUGCACGGGAAAACGCAUUAUAUAAUAGUUGUAAUCAAUAGAAUCUUAUGCAUUUAUGAUGUCCACUAUAACUAUCAGAAUAAAUUUCGUACAUCAUGAUGAUGCGCGAAAUUUUGUUCUGAUAGUUAUAGUACGUGUGCCAUUUGCUGAAAUGUCGAUAACAGAAGAGGCGAAAUAAACUUCUUAUUUAAACUUUGUGUGUCCACACGCGUACCCUUUUAAAAAAAAUAAUGGACGGAAUAACACUUUUGCAGUACCAAGUGCAUACAUGUGUAACAGAGAUGGAAUUUAUUUGGAAUAAUCUUUUUAUUCAAAUAUGUCACCGUAGGGGGUUUACUUAUAGAAUUAUGAUAGUUUUACUGUACAUUUUGUAGUAUUUCCUUAUGAUUUCCUGUAAGCUGCGGUUGUGCAAAUAGCAAUUCGCAUAGUGGCUUUUGGAUAAAACGGCCGGUGUAUUAGUUGGUUUUGAGGAGCCUGAAUAUAUUAUCAUGUUCAGUUUACUACCAGACCUCACUGCCACAUUUAGUUAAUAAUGAUUUGACAUAUUGUAGGCAGUAUUGAAUCAUGCAAGGUAUUGAGUAAAAGAACGUGGUAUUGUGCAAAUCUUAUAUAUACAUCGCGAUUUCAAGAUUACCUCGUUAUUUUUGUUUAAUUUACGGUUUCUUGUCAGGAUAUAACUAUGGUUAUGCUUGGUUCGUUGGGUCUACGAACUGCUACAGGAUAUGACAAAUACGAUCAGUGCUACCCGCUAAUAGAAACUAAUAGCAAUUAAUGAAUUAUCCAUUCUGUGUGGUGUGACGUGUCUUUAUGUAUAUAAGCAUGUCAUUAGAAAAAAAUCUCGUUGAUGACAAUCAGGUUGAUUACUGUCUGCUUUCUGGUUUCUUUUUUCCCUUAAAAUACGACAUACUAUAUGCACCAUUCUUUUCACUUUCCAUCCUAGUUGGACGAAAAAUCAAGCUUGGUAAGCUUUCUAGCUAUUUUCGAGCUAAUAUGCCUGGCUGUUCUUAUUAGCCAUGUAUCUACAUAACUGUCUCCUAUAUGUAACUAUAGGUAUGUUGGUAUACAGUGUAAAUGAUCACUAUUUUAAAAUAUAGGUGUAUAUAGUAGUCUACCUCUUCAUAUUCAUGAUAUUUUAGAAAUAAAAAGUAGAUUUAAUAUUAUUA